AUGUCGGCUCCUGCGGAUUCUACCAUGAGCGGUGGCAGCGCUGCUCCUGGUAACGACUCGGGCCUCGAUCAACCUACAGAUGCUGUACUGAUGAAGAAUAUCCCUCAGACGCCUGAGGCAGGCGACAAACCCAGCGAUGAGGCGACUACCGACGCGGCCAAAGACACUCCUGCUGUCGCGACGACAUCGGCCGACCCCGUAUCGACCGACGAUGGCGAAACAACUGCUCCAACUUCAUCGUCAAAAGGCAAGGAAGUAGCCAGCGCUCCUGAGCCGAUAACCACGCCCAAAGGAGAUGUCACGCAGCAAGACACUCCUAAGCAGGACGCCCCUAAAGACGAGUCUUCCAUAGAAGAGAAGCCCAAGGAAGAAAAGUCAAAGGAGGACAAGCAGGGAGAGUCAGCUAUGGCUAUCGGUCCGGCAGAAGAAGAGAUUAAAGCUACUGGUUCUGGCGGGGCCGACGGUCCAGUUUGCAACAUUACUCUGUUGCUAGCAUCUGGGGGCCGACAUCCUUAUAAGAUUGAUGCCAAGUACCUCAGCAGGAGGCAUGUCGCCAUGCCGGAUAAGGACGAGAGCGGCAACCCUGAUCCAUUCAGCAUCAGCAUCUACACGUUGAAGGAACUAAUUCUGCGGGAAUGGAGAUCUGACUGGGAGGCCAAGCCUGCCAGCCCCAGCAGCAUAAGGCUGAUUCAUUUUGGCAAACUAUUAGAUGAUAAGGAGCAGCUAAAGAAGUAUCAUUUUCUCCCCGAUAGCCCCAAUGUGGUCCACAUGAGCAUCCGGCCCCAGGAUCUUGAUGAGGAGGAACCUAAGAGUGGGAGCAAGAGCCUCCCGUCUGGCGCCACACAUGGGGAUGGCGCGAGGGAGGGACGUUGCUGCAUUAUUUUAUAA